AUGCAUGAAAAUGAAUACGACAAACAAAAUCCACCCGUUGAAAAAAAAAACGCACAUGUGACGUUGACGAUGCAGAUAGGUAUUAAAAUAAAUGAGGCCUUUGCGAUCAUGAAGUCUAUUAGUGAAAAGAAACCUGCAGUAAGUUAUGAAUAUUCACCAUUUGCCACAUAUAUUGAUAGCAAAUUAAAAAUAUUCUCUCCACAUGAAAAGGCAAUAUUAGAAAACCAGAUACAAAAUCUAAUUUUCAAUGCAGAAAUGAAACAUUAUAGUCAGCCUGUUCAUACUCAGCCAGGUCAUACCCAGCCUUUUUAUUUUCAAAAUGCUCAUACACAAAUACCGUCUAAUUACAAUCCCCAUAACAGUCUUAAUGUACAAUACUCUCACCCAAAUAUGCCGUUAACACAUCUUGCGGAGAACCUUCACAACACCUCGAAUCAACAGCAACUUCAGUCAUUAUUUACACAUCCUGAACAAAAUUCUCUGUGUGAUACAGACGCUUUUCAACCAUUACCGCCUACAAGUAUGAAUUAA